AUUCGUCUAAAAAGAACGGACUACAAAUAUAAAUACCAGAACGCAACGGAUCGUAAGCGCUGCAAGUAUUAUUCUGGUUUUAAUUGAUGUAAACACGAUAUUAUCCUGAAGAUAAAAGUGUGAUCAUAAUACUUAAAUUAUUCUUAGCGUAAAGCUCGAGAUAUAAUUAAGACUUACGAUGGAAGUAGUCGAACAGAAAAACGAGUCUGUUACUUCCUCCUCCGAGGUUGAUAUUGUGAUUGGUGAUAAUCUUAAUGCGGACAGCAAAAAAGUGAUUUCUGAAACAUGUCAAAAGCAAAACAUCGAGGAAUCAGAAGCGAAAAACACGUCUAAUGAUGCUAAAGACGGAACGAAUAACGCGGGUGAAUCUGCAGGUUUUAAGAAACCAUUUUCACUCAUUAUCGGUCCAAAGCGAGGUAAAAUCGGGAAAAUUCGUCGAGUAGUAAAUCUUGAUGCACCUUCACCGUUGCCUGCACCAUUAACCGAAUUAUCGCCUGCGAACGAAAAAGGGACUGAAAAUAUUUAUCAGACAGAUGAUGCCAAGUCCAAAACUGAUCAGUUGACUUCCAAGAAUACUGCGCAAGAAAAUGUCACAUCCGAUGUGAAAAACAUCCCUGUUCCAUAUACAGAACCAUCAUGGGGUGGAAAACCAAUGGAGGAAUAUAAAUUAGAGGUUCUGAAGUCCGGAGUAAUCCUGGAGACGAUUGAUUUAAAUGAGAGUUUUCACGUGAUAGGAAGAUUACCUACUUGUCAUAUAUCUCUUGCGCAUCCAACUAUUUCAAGGCAUCAUGCGAUUAUCCAGUACAGAGCGGUAGAAGAUGACAAAGACAGUUCAGAGAUUUUGAGAGAAAGCCAGAGAAGCAGCAAUCAAAAACCAACACUGAGCCAGAACUCUAAAGGAUUUUAUUUAUAUGAUUUGGAAAGCACACACGGUACAUUUUGGAACGGCCAUCGUGUAAAACCUAGAACUUACGUUCGGUUACACGGAGGUCACAUGAUUAGAUUUGGUUGUAGUCAGAGAAAAUAUAUCUUACAAGCACCGCCAGAAGAUGAAGAAGAGGAAUCUGAAUUGACAGUUACUGAAUUAAAGGAAAAACGAUUGGAAGAAUUGCGAGAAAAAGAACUUAGAUUACAGAAGGAAGAAGAAGCCAAACAAAAGGCCAGAGAAAUGGAAGAGAAUGAUGGCAUUGAUUGGGGAAUGGGAGAGGAUGCUGAUGAGGAAACGGAUCUCACAGAAAAUCCUUAUGCUACUAUGACAGAAGAAGAAUUAUAUUUAGAUGAUCCUAAGAAAACAUUAAGAGGUUGGUUUGAAAGAGAAGGGUAUGAUCUGCAAUACCAGGUUGAGGAAAAAAGAAUAGGACAGUUUCUGUGUUGGGUGGAAUUACCCAAAGAAUGCUUUGGUGGACGUUCCAUUAAAGCAGAGGCUCUUGUCAAAGGAAAGAAGAAAGAAGCUGUUGUUCAAUGUGCUUUGGAAGCCUGCAGAAUCUUGGACAGACAUGGAUUAUUAAGACAAGCUAAUCAUGAGAGUCGAAAAAGGAAAAGCAGGAAUUGGGAGGAAGAAGAUUAUUAUGACUCAGACGAAGAUAAUUAUUUGGAUAGAACAGGUACAGUAGAAAGGAAACGUGAACAACGGAUGAAACAAGCUGGAAAACUUGAAGAAAAAGUCGAGACAUAUAAGACAUUGACUGAACAACAUAACGAGAUUGUGAGUAGGAUUUCGCAAUUAAGCAAUCGUCUGAAGGAGGCACAGGAGAGCAGUACUAAAGAAAAGGAAUCCAACGAGGAUUCGUUAGACGCCUUUAUGUCUAGUUUAAAUUCGUCUACUUUGAGUAAAAGUGACAUGACAAAGAUGAAAGUAGAAUUACAAAAUUUGCGUAAAGAAGAGGUGAAAUUGAUUAAAUUGAUAAAUUUCGCCAAGCCGGCCAAUCUGCCACCUCUUGUUAGCCAAGUACCAACAGAAGACAAGAACUACCAAAUGUAUCAAAGAUUAAAAUUUGCCAUAAAGAGAAGUUCUCAACUUGAAAGAAGGCGCAAGCUUUUCGAAGCAAAUAACAAAGACAAUUCUGAAGCAGCACAUUCAUCAGCUUUAAGUAGUAAUGAGAUAAAUAAUGAGGAAGAGGAGGAAGAAGAAGAAGAAGAGGAAGAGGAAGAUAAUGUAAAAGAAGAGGAUGAAGACAAAAGUCGUAUUAUUGAAGAGGUGCAUGACGUGAAUGAGUCUAAAUGCAAAAAAUCUGUUCUCUCUAAGGACGAAGUGAGAUCGUAUGAUAACACUAAAACCGACACUGAACCAACAAGUGCUUUGAGCACCAUAUUAGAUCAAGAUACAGAAAAAAGCAAGCCGAAUAUUGAAGAAAAUAAGAAACGAAAGGAUAAAAAAUCAGAGAAGUUACUCAAAGGUGCAAAGAAGCAUUACGAUCAAGACAUCCAUUCGGAUGAUUAUUCCACUUGGCUGCCACCACAAGAUCAAACCGGUGAUGGGAGAACAAGUCUCAAUGAUAAAUAUGGAUAUUGAAUUACAAUUAAUGUUGCAAAGAACGUUGUAAAUAUUAUUAAUAAAAAAUCGUCUAAUUAGUUA